GAGUGAACAGGGUGCGGCUCUGUUUAAAGAGCUUUUCCUCUUCUCCUGCCUUCACUCUCACUCUCUCUCCUGCAGCACGGGAAACUUCUUUUGAGCUGACUUGUCAAGCAGAAAUCCAAAAAAAAAACAAAACCAUGGCUGGAAGAGGAACCAUCAAGGCUCAGAGCGGAUUCAACGCCAACGCUGAUGCCGAGGCUCUUUACAAGGCUAUGAAAGGAUUUGGCACCGAUGAAGCAGCCAUUCUGAAUCUACUGACGGCUCGUAGUAACGCUCAGCGGCAGCAGAUCAAAGCCGCCUUCAAGACCCUGCACGGCAAGGACUUGAUGCAGGAACUGAAAUCAGAGCUGACAGGGAAGUUUGAGACUUUGCUUCUAGCACUGUUGGAGACGCCUACAAUGUAUGAUGUGAAGUGCCUGAAGCAUGCCAUUAAGGGUGCUGGAACAUCUGAAAAGGUUUUGAUUCACAUCCUGGCUUCAAGAACUUGCAAUGAGAUUCAAGAGAUCAAUAAGGCCUACAAGCAGGAGUAUGGUAAAAGCCUGGAGGAUGAUGUGACUGGUGACACUGAUGGAGCCUUCAGGCAGAUGCUGGUCAUUUUGCUGCAGGCAAGCAGACAGCAGGGUGUACAAGAGGCCUUGGUACAGACCGAUGCGAAGACCCUCUUUGAAGCAGGAGAAAAGAAAUUUGGUACAGAUGAAGAACAAUUUGUGACUAUUUUGGGGAACCGCAGUGCUGAACAUCUUAGGAGAGUGUUUGCUGAGUAUAUGAAGCUGUCUGGAUUUCAGAUCGAAGAGAGUAUUAAAAGAGAAACCUCUGGACACCUGCAAGAAGUGCUGCUGGCUGUGGUAACGUGUGCCAGAAGUGUUCCUACCUAUUUAGCUGACUGUCUGCAUAAAGCAAUGAAGCCGUGUCCACAGGGCGCAGGGACUGACGAUAAGACGCUGAUCGAGAUCAUGGUGUCCCGCAGUGAAAUCGACAUGCUGGAUAUACGUGCAGAGUUCAGAAGGAUGUUUGCCACGUCUCUGUACAAAAUGAUUAAGGGUGAUACUUCUGGUGAUUAUUCUAAAACCCUGCUUGUGUUGUGUGGCGGUGAUGAUGCCUAAAUCCGCUCCUGGAUCUACACUUCGAUAUUCUGGCAAUUUCACACUUAACAAAUUGCUGAAAAUAUAUUUUUCGUUGUACAUGUUACUAAUAGUGAUGCUCAGUAACUCAUUACAUUGAUAAUUCAUAAUAAUGAAGUCGGUUUUAAUAUCACAGUUUUUUUUUUUCUCUUGCAUGCUAUUACAUGCUUGUAAUUGUGUAUUGGUCCAAAAUUUUGUAAAAGAAAGUAAAUAAAAAGCAGGUCUCAGUCAUGGUGCUACAAAACCAAAAGUUCAAUGAAGUGGAUAAAUAUUGCUAUGUGAUUUCUUUAUACUGCUUUAAUAAAUAAAUGUUAUGGGCAUUAUAAAAAUGG